CUCUGGUGGACACAUGGAUGUUGUUAAAGAGUUGCUAAGAGUGUGUCUUGACCUUGCUUAUAUGGUUGAUGAGAAAGGAAACUAUCCAUUGCACUAUGCAACUAGCAAAGAGAACAGGGAGAUAACCUGGGCACUCCUCAAGCUUGAUCCAAAGCUUGCUCAGCAGCACAAUCUCAGUGGUCACACGCCUUUGCACUUGGCAGCAAUAAACUACAAAGUCUCAGUCCUUCAGGUGUUCGUCUCAAUGGCUAAACCAGCUUUUCAGAUCGUAACAAAAGCCGGUGAGACGGUAUUCCACUUGGUUGUGAAAUAUGGGCGAUAUGAUGCUUUAGUAUACUUGACCCAUGUCUGUGAUGAUAUGGAUUUCUUCGACUGUAGAGACUGUUAUAAUAACACCAUCCUACAUCUUGCAGUUUCUGAAGCACAACAUAAGAUAGCAGAGUACCUAAUCAGCAAAAAGAAAGUAGAGCUCAAUUCUCGAAACAAUGAAGGACUCACAGCCCUUGACCUUCUCAAACAGAGCAAGGAAAGUGUAGACAAUCAGCGUCUCGAAUCCAUGCUAAUGAAAGCAGGAGGUAAAACAAGGAUUGAGCUGUUAUCUACUUCACCAAAAGCAGAUAAAGCCACCGCUCAGCCAGUGACACUUCCUGAAAACAUUCCGAAACGAGCACAAUUCGUUAAAGAGUAUGAACUGCAGUUGUCCAUCAUAAAUGAGAUAGCUUCUGCGGCAUCCAAGUCCCCAUCAAGCUCAUCAGCACCUAUGUCCAGGAUGUCAUCACAUUUUCCAUCACCCCAAUCCAGCAAGUCUUCGCCUAGGCUACCAUCACCGCAAUCUAGGAAGUCAUCACCUAAGCUGCCAUCACCGCCAUCUAGCAAGUCAUCGCCUCAGCCUCAGGUUGGGGAAGGCUUAUCACCUCAGCAGCAAGUUGGAUCAGCAUUUGAAGUUAAGGAGGGACUGGAUCAUGAAAGACAAAAGAAGCAAGAGUUUCUUCUGCAAACCUUUGCCAGACAACACAUGCAGGAAGCAUGA